AGACCACGAGCCUGAUUGCCUUUGCCCGGAUGCCUGCGAGCGCAGCUGGCCUUCGGCUGCUUGACGAAGGCAGGAGAAGCACGAAGAGAACGUGUGGAGCCGCGUGUUUCGACCUGCCAUCGCUGUGCCGUCGCUGUAGCCCCGCACAUACUUCCCCGCAGCGGAGGACUGCGGGCGAGCGUCAUUCCAGCCCUCAUAGACACGCCCCCGAGGGCGGUCCGAAAAUGCAGGCAGCUGUAUCGGACCGUAGCAGCAAACCAGUUCGAGUAGUGUUCAUCUCCGCCGGGCAUGGGGCUUUAAUAAAAUGAUUCAGUCGCAAUUGUCUGUUCAAGACCAAGCCACCCAAAAAUACACUGCAUUACAGCAGGGAGCAAUAUAGUGUUAUGGGGAAAAUCGAUUCUCCACAAGCUAUUGUGAGGAUUGAACUCAGAAGGAAUAGGGAAUUCUGAGAGGUGUGGUAGUGGCAGAUGAUGACAGUGCCACUACCUCUCUGCUAGAAGGAAAGCACUAGUGCUGUGUACCUGUGAAAUCUGACUCCGUCUGCUUCCCUGGUGAUAAAUCCUAUUGAAUUUUUGGUCUUGCUUAUUGCUGGAGGUCAAGUCAAAGCAACACCAUGGACUCACUUGAGGAGCCUGGAGGUUCUUCAACAGAGGAAACUGGAAAUUCUUCAACCGACGAGAACUACUUUGUGAAUUAUACUUUCACUGAUCGUUCUCAUUCAGGCCGUGUGGCCCAGGGAAUUAUGAAGUUGUGCCUAGAGGAUGAACUUUUUGCUGAUGUCACCAUCUCAGUAGAAGGCAAAGAAUUCCAGCUGCACCGGCUAGUGCUCUCAGCUCAGAGCUGCUUCUUUCGUUCUAUGUUCACUUCCAACCUGAAAGAGGCUCAUAACCGAGUGAUUGAGUUGCAAGAUGUUAGUGAGAGUGUGUUUCAGCUCUUGGUGGACUAUAUUUAUCAUGGAACUGUAAAGUUGAGGGCAGAAGACUUGCAGGAGACUUACGAGGUAGCAGAUAUGUACCAACUGACUGCCCUCUUUGAGGAGUGCUCCCGUUUCCUAGCUCGAACUGUGCAAGUGCGAAACUGUUUGCAGAUCAUGUGGUUGGCUGAUCAGCACAGUGAUGUGGAACUUUACACAGCAGCCAAGCACUGUGCCAAGUCAUACUUAUCACAACUUCAGGAAACAGAGGAGUUUCUCCACCUUCCUCUCCGUCUCCUGACAGAUAUUGUCUCAGAUGGAGUACCAUGCUCCCAGAAUCCAACAGCUGCCAUAGAAACCUGGAUUAGCUUCAAUAAAGAAGAACGUGCAGGUUUCUCAGAGCUACUGCAAUCAAGUUUAAAGGAAAUCGGAGAGAAUGUUCACAUUUAUCUGAUUGGAAAGGAAUCUUCUCGUACACAUUCCCUUGCUGUCUCACUGCACUGUGCUGAUGACGACUCCAUCAGCAUUAGUGGUCAGAACAGUUUGUGCCACCAAAUCACCGCAGCUUGCAAGCACGGCAGUGAUCUCUACGUUGUUGGAGGAUCCAUUCCACGACGCAUGUGGAAAUGCAACAACACCACGAUAGACUGGGAAUGGUGUGCCCCCCUGCCCCGUGACAGGCUCCAACACACUUUGGUUUCUGUGCCCAGCAAGGAUGCAAUCUACUCACUGGGUGGCAAGACAUUGCAGGACAUCCUCUCAAAUGCCAUCAUAUACUACAGAGUGAGAGACAAUGUCUGGACAGAAACUAGCCAGCUUGAAGUAGCUGUGUCUGGGGCGGCAGGUGUAAAUCUCAAUGGCGUCAUUUAUUUGUUGGGCGGGGAGGAGAACGACCUUGACUUCUUUACCAAACCCUCUCGACUUAUCCAGUGCUAUGACACCAACACAGAGAAGUGCCAUGUGAAGCCUUAUGUGUUACCCUUUGCGGGGUGCAUGCAUGCUGCAGUGCACAAAGACCUGGUGUUCAUAGUAGCAGAGGGAGACUCACUAUUGUGCUAUAACCCUCUGCUGGAUAGUUUUACCCGGCUCUGUUUGCCAGAUGCCUGGAGUGCAGUACCAUCUCUUUGGAAAAUUGCUAGUUGUAAUGGUAACAUCUUCAUCUUUCGAGAUCGCUACAAGAAGGGCGAUGCCAACACCUUCAAACUCAAUCCAGCCACUUCUGUGGUAACUAUUACUAGUGGCCUCAAACUGCUGCUUACAAAUUUACAGUUCGUGUUGGCCUGAGGGAAGAAUUCUGUGCCAGGACAAUAGCCAUUCCAUUAUGCAGGUCAGACACAUAGAUCCCAUAGGCUCCAGCUCCUUGAGCUAGAUCACAAGUCUUCUAGAGAGUUUCCCCCCUCUCCCCACUUCUAACUCCUGCUCAGAAGCAGCAUUAUAGGUGCACCCCUGUUCUCAGUAACAUUUAAUUGGUACAAUCUGAGAACUGUCUGGAUUACUGUUAGCACUGAGGUCCCUUGCUGGUCAGCUUCUAGUGUCCCACAGUUGAGAGGCUUCUUAGGCCUAAACCCAUCACCACCAGCAAGACUCUUAUGUAAAGUAGUUGAACACUUACUACAAUCUUCCAAGAGCUCCCGUGUUGCAGGUUAUAUGUAACUACAGCAAUCCUUAAAACACCCCUUAGAGCUUCAAUUACUAGACAGGUGAUUUCUUGAGAAAUUUACUUUCCCCAUUAGACCUGCAGAAGACAACUCUUUAGUUAGAAAUAAUGAGGGUAACAGUUUUUUUUUAACUGUACCAGAAAUAGAAGAGACCACUAUUUACCACUGUACUGUUACCUGGCAGGAAAAGCAAAGCUCCCCUUGAUACUAUAAGCCUCCUGGGCUGCAAAUGUGAAUAAAGGCUUCUGCUGGAACAAAA